UCUCUCCCACCCCCCUUCCUUCCCUGUCUCCCGCCCAGCUCCCAGAGCUCAUCAUGAAGCCGCAGCUGGUUUGGGAAUGCUUUUGCCUGCUUUGCUUUUCGCUCCUGAGAACAGCAAAAGGGGAUUUGCAGCUGCUUUCUUUCCAGCCCAGGACCCUGUAUCAGUACCGGUACACCCUGGAUGUCCAGCUGCACCACACAUCCACGCCAUCCCCCUGGGGAGCCCGGCUGCAGGCUGAGACUUUGAUCCAUCUGCACCGGCUCUGGAGGCACCGAGGAGGGGAAGAGCUGCUCCAUGUGCAGAUCCAUGACCUGAAGGCCCAACACCAGCCAGAAGAGGAAAGGAGCCAGAACAACGCUGAAGGCUCCCCUGUAGAGAUUGCACUGAGCCCAGAGGCACAGGCAGAGCUCCAGCAGCCAGUGUUCAUCUCCUGGAACAGUGGGAAGGUCAAAGCUUUCUACGGGAAUGAAGCAGAAAACAUCCUGAUCUCCAACCUGAAACGAGGCAUCAUCAGUCUGUUCCAGCUUCAGCCCCAUGCUGGUACCACAGUGGAGGAAGAUGCCUCUGGAAGCUGCCAGGUCACCUACACCGUGUCCAACCAUUCCAUCACCAAGACCAAAGAUCUCCUCAGCUGCUCAAAGCCAAAGUCUGGAUUCACCUCCAUAAACAAAAUUUUUGGAGUCGAGUGGCAGCCCUCCAGCAGAAGCCAGUACGUGGUGAAAGACAACCUGCUCCAGUCAGUCCUGGCAGAGGAAAGCCACGAGGUGGCUCCAGCCCUGAGAUCCCGCUCCGGCAUCAAAAUCAGUUCAAGGCAGCGGCUCCAGCUGGUGUCUCCUGCAAUGCCUGGGCCAGCAGAGGUGUCUGGACAAAGCCUUAAGGAUGUGCUGGCCAGCAUGGAGGCACGGCUCCAGCCCCUGGGCAUGGCCAGCCUGCCCUUCAGGAGGGUCUGCACCCACUGCCCAUCGCUGAGAGCCUUCCUGAAGGCUUUUGACAGGCAGAAAGUCCAAACAGACACCUCGAAGGUGGCGACAACCUGGCAGUUCCAGAGGUUCAUCCAGAUGUUCCGCAGCGCCAAGAAGAGGGAUGUCCUGCAGCUGCUGAGGAGAGCGCCCGAGGAAACGCGCCCCUUCCUCGUGGAGGCAGCAGUGGCCACGCAGUCUGUGGCUUCCUUGGCAGCUCUCUCAGACUUCCUGGAUUUCAGCAAGGAUCCCAAGUCCCUCCUGGAGACAUUUCUCUAUGCAGCAGCUUUCUCUCCCCGGCCUUCAGGAGAGCUUCUCCACCUCGUCUUGGACAAGCUGGAUGGGAAGCAGCUGGCACCUGAGAUCUGGGAGACAGGGAUAGUUGCCGUGGGCUCUCUGGUGGGCAAGCUGUGCCAGCAGAAUCUCUGUGGGCUGCAGGUGGUGGAGCGUGGGGUGGAAACCAUCCUCAGGGGGCUCAGAGGUGCCGAGGAGGAGCCCGAGGUGGUCAUUUACCUGCUGGCCCUGGGCAAUGCGAGGCUCCCCGAGACCAUCCCCACCCUCCUGGACCACGCUGAGGACGGUCCCACAGCUGUCACAGCUGCAGCCACCGCUGCCCUGCAGCGAUUCCCCGCUGCCCACAUCUCCAGCAAGGUGAAGCAAGCGAUGAGGAGGAUUUUCCACCAGAAGAGGAAGAUUUAUGACAAAACCUGUCGCCUGGCUGCUGCAGAAAUCCUCCUGGAUAACCACCCCUCGCCCAUGGAUGUCAUCAACAUCCUGCUGGCCACCAGCGAGAUGGAGACCGAGAUGGCCACAUUCCUGCUGCUGAAAGUCCAGAACAGCCUGCGUGACCACCACCACCACCACCUGGCAAAGAAGGUAAUGAAAGAGAUCAUGGGAGACCCACGGAUAAAUAAUUACAACUUCUUCUCUAAAGUCGGCAUCUCUUCUUCCUUCUCAGGACCUCUGACAGUCACCCAGGACCUGACUUCCACUUUUGGGCUGGACCUGCUGUUUUUGGAGGGUGGAUUCCUGAGGAAGAGCGUCUCCGACUUCUCCCUGCUCAGCCAAGGCCAGCAGCUCCGUGCAGCUCAGGUCACCUUUGAAGCACAAGGGAUGGAGUCAAUGAUGGGAGAAAACCUCUCGGAAGGGGAAGAGGAGCCAGAGCUCAUGGCUGGGAUGUCGGCCACCUUCUUUGAUGUCCAGCUGCGGCCAAUCAUCUUCUUCCAGGGAUACACAGACCUAAUGGCCAAGGUCCUGCUGAGCAGUGGAGGGCCCACCAGUGUGGUCAAAGGGAACCUCCUGCUGAUGGACCAUCACCAGGUCAUUCCUCUGCAGUCUGGCCUCCAAGUGACCAUCAAACUCCAGGGUGGGCUGGGGCUGGACAUUUCAGCUGACAUGGACGUGAGCAUUUGGGAGCAGGAGCUGAAAACCGGUGUCAAUGCGAGGGGAAGCCUUGCCAUGGAUUUCCAGACAGAACUAGAUUCCCCUUUCCUCCAAGCCACCCUGAGGAGCCAGACUGAGGUGGAGACCUCGAUCCACUUCGACACCAAGCUGAGGUUUUCCAGCAGCCCCGUGCUCAUGUGCCUGCAGCUGAGAGAGGAACAGGUCCCAUACAGAGAAGUCUUCACAGUUUCCCAGUCUGCUGGGAGCCAGAGCAGCACUGCUCGGAAAGGCCGGCAUGGCACCGUGCCUGGGAGGGAAUUUGCCUUGCACCAAACCAAUUCCAAGGUCUGCAACCUCCUGCUGACUGCAGAAAAAGAAUAAGGAGUCAGAGCACUUUGGGAUUCUCCUCCACAACCACAUUUGAAUUAGAAAAAUGCUGCAAUAAGGACAGCAGAAGGGAGCACAGGAGGAACUGCCGAAGAACAGACACACCCCUUGCCUCCAAACCUGCCCUCACACCCCAAAGGCUGGGAUUUCUCCCUCCUGGACUCCUCCCCUUCAUGGGGAAGGGCCUUGCUGGAAGCCAAGCUUUUCCUCAUGAAAAACAGCCUUAUUUUGCAAGUCAAUGAGCUUCUGAGAGCCCAAGAAACCCUCCUGGAAGAUUGCAUCCCAAAAUGCUAUGUUCUCUCCCCAUUUAUCAAAGCUGCCAGGAGGAGACACGUCU